CUGCUGGUGAGGUAAGCAUGUGAUCCCUCAUAGCCCGUUACCCAGGCCCAGAACUCAUACACAAAUGGUCUUGGCCAAGAAAUUCAGAGGCUGAAAUAAAGACAUAGACCAACAGUGAAGAUGGCAGAUGUGCAUAAACUUGUGUUUUCCAUUCUCAAGUUCCUGGGGGACCAAAAAACAUCAGGGCAGCUUGAUGAUGAAGCUGUAGAAAGCCUUGAAGUGGCCAUACAGUGCCUGGAGCAAGUCUACAAAGUCAACACAUGUAGUGAAGAGAAUGUGCAGAAGUAUUCAGUGCAACAGAACUUAUUAGAUAUAUUUAAUGCACAGCUGAGUGAGACUGAAUCUGACAUGGCCUCUCUCUCAUUACACGAAGCAAGUCCGGACCAGAAAGAGGAGGCAGAGAGAUUGAAAAAUAAAGGAAAUGAAUUCAUGAAAUCAGAAAAGUAUUCAGAUGCUCUUGAAAGCUACUCCCAAGCUAUCAGGCUUGACCCAAGGAAUGCAGUAUAUUUCUGCAACAGGGCUGCUGCCUACAGUAAACUGAACAAGCACCAACAAGCUAUCGAGGACUGUAACAGGGCUCUUGCUAUAGACCCCAGCUACAGCAAGGCCUAUGGAAGAAUGGGAAUCGCGUUUACAGCCUUGGAUGAUCACGAGAGUGGGUACGAAUGUUAUAGAAAAGCCCUUGAGCUCGACCCUGACAAUCAAAGCUACCAAAACAACCUUGAGAUUGCGGAACAGAAGUUAAAAGAACUGGCUACACAGGUUGGAUUCAAUGCUGGUCCGACAGGGACAGGUGCUUUGGGUGGAGCUAUGGGAAACAUGGAUUUUGGCACCCUCUUCAACGACCCGAAUAUUCUCAACAUGGCAACAACCCUAAUGGGAAAUCCUCAAGUUCAACAGAUGAUGGCAAACCUUGUGAGUGGUGGUGGGCCUAGCGCAGAUCAGGGACCGGGCGGCAUUUCCUCUUUGCUUCAAGCGUCCCAGCAAAUGGCGUCACAGAUGCAGCAGGCCAACCCGCAGCUGGUGCAGCACCUACGAGAGCAAAUGAGGGCUCAGAACCCGGGGGAGAACAACAGCAACAGUGGCCCCAGUGACAGCAAUCCAGGGGACAGCUCUGGUCACCCAGGACAACCCCCGCAGUAAAGGCCCUGUGACCGGUGGUUGGAAAGCAGUCCACCUUACUUGUGGAUAUCCUGGGAGUUUGUUCUCAUGUGCUUGUGCAAGAGUGUCUGUCUGGAUGAUGGAGAAGUUUUGAUACUUUGAUGAGAAGGAUGUCUGAUUGUUGUUUAAGGUAUUUUGCCGGUAUUUCAUCUGAAUCAGAAGAUGCCAAGUUUUUUUUUCUCUUUUUUAUAGGUGGUGGAUUUUUUUCUUAUUCAUCUACGAUAAAAAUCAAAGGAUGGUAUGAUGGA